GGACCGUGGGUACAGGAAAGGGAUGCUUAUGCGCAGUCGCGUAAGGGGGUUUAUGCGCAGGGUUGAACCGGGCAGGACAAAGAGGGGGGGAACGCCCUGAUUGCGAUUGCGAUUGCGAUUGGGGGGGACGGGGGCGAGGCGAGGCGAGGCGAGGCGAGGCAGAGGACCCAGGCAGCAAGUCGGGUUGAUCUGGUUGGGGGUGGAGUAGAGUCGGGUGGGGUGACUUUACCUGAGCAAGAGCAAGGCGGGUUGAGGCUAGGCUCAGCAUCAGGGACAGGCAGGGACGGAGGACUGGGAGAGCAACCAGGCUCGGCAAAGGGCCGCGAGGCUGGGCAUGGGCGAGGUGAAAGCCUGGGUGGAGUAUAUAACACCAAGUCGUCCUGCCAGCCAAGGACGUAGUGGACCCUUUCCUCCAUUCUUCAACGUCCUUGAACCACCUGCCUCACUACCAUCCUCGACCAUUCACCACAAUGUCCACUGACAAGAUCACCUUCCUGCUCAACUGGCAUGCCACGCCAUACCAUGCCCCCAUCUUCCUUGCCCAGGCCAAGGGCUUCUACAAGGAAGAAGGCAUCCAAGUUGCCAUCCUCGAGCCCAACGACCCAUCUGACGUCACCGAGAUCAUCGGCAGCGGUAAAGUCGACAUGGGUGCCAAGGCCAUGAUCCACACCAUUGCCGGAUCUGCUAGAGGAUUCCCCAUCGAGUCCAUUGGCACUCUCAUGGAUGAACCAUUCACUGGAGUGGUCUACCUUGAGGGGUCGGGAAUCACAACGGACUUUAGGUCACUCAAGGGCAAGAAGAUUGGUUAUGUCGGUGAAUUUGGGAAAAUCCAGAUCGACGAGCUCACCGCCCACUUCGGCAUGGCACCCAGCGACUACCAAGCUGUCCGUGUGGGAAUGAACGUCUCCGACGCCAUCAAGCGCGGGGAGAUCGAUGCUGGGAUUGGACUUGAGAACGUUCAGAUGGUAGAGCUCGAGGAGUGGUGCAAGGAACAGGGUCGACCUCCUUCGGAUGUCAAGAUGCUGCGUAUCGACGAGCUCGCCGAGCUCGGCUGCUGCUGCUUCUGCUCCAUCCUCUACAUCGCCAACAAGCCCUUCCUCUCCUCUCACCCCGAAAAAGCUCGGGCCUUUAUGCGAGCGAUUAAAAAGGCUACCGACUACCUCUUUACCUCUCCUCGUGAAGCUUGGGAGGAUUACAAGUUGGUGAAAAAGACGAUGACUUCGGCUGUCAAUGAGAAGAUCUUUGAGAGGAGCUUUGUUUAUAUGAGUAGGGACUGUGCGAAUGUCCCCCGCGACUGGCAAAAAGUGACCUCCUACUGCAAACGCCUAGGCGUCGUCCCCGCCACCUUUAAGCCAAACAUGUCCAACUCUUUCCUCUCUUGGCAACUUGCAGAACAGGACGAUGCUGGUGCCGAGGAAAAGCAAAGGGCGAUUCAAGGAUAUCAGAUGCAGGUUGCGAAGAGGGGUGAAGGGAUUUUGGGUGGGUUUGAACCGGAAUUGGGUGCGGGGGUGGGAGUGGGAGUGAAGAGGGCUGAGCUGGUUGCUUGA